AUGAAGAAGAGAGGGAGAUUGGUCAACUCGGAUAUGCCAACUUUGCUUACUUCUGACAAGGAACGUAAACAAAAGCUGCCGGAAUACGUACUAGUGAUGUAUCCAGGAGUGGUGAAAAGCGCUGAUGCAGCGAUACGGUCAUUGGGUGGCGAGCGGAACAUCUCAGCUAAUCAUUUCGAUGGCCGAUCUCUUGAUUUAAGAUAUCGUCCUAACAAUUUAUAUGCAAAUCGCAUGGUGUCAGAUCGAGGAUCCCCUGGAACGUCAAAUUUAGGUACAUCGACAAUACUGGCCAUUGCCAAAAUGCGCCGCAAAAAAUCGGAAAUGAACUGUAGGGAAGCACAAAUCAUUGGAAUGGUUUCGACAGUUUAUUCUUUCAAAGGUCUCUCGGAUUUCCAGUAUUUGCCCAUUCGCAAGAGCGAAGCGCAUCCUGAUUCAUUUGAAGAUUUAGUUCCAAAAUUAAUUCCGUUGGAUCUUUGUGCAGGUUUAUCAUGGUGGAACUAUCCCGACAUCGGUGUUCGAACUCGUUUUCAUCUUCCUCCUUAUCAGUUUUCUAGGUAUGCAGUACCAUCAACAAAAUUGUUAUGUAAAGAAAGACAAUUAUCUGCAGAGAAAUUGAAAGCAAAAUGCACUGGACAUGGACAAAGUUUGCGAUCAGAAAGAAAAUCCUUGACACGAACGGUUUAUACCACUGCAGAGUUCCCACAACAGCCUUCUGAAGAGGCAGUCAAUGAUGCAAAUAUGAGAUGUAAGAACUUGGAGCCUCAUUGUUUAAUGCAAAAGUUAUUUGAAAAUCGACCUUUGUGGACGAGGGUCGGUAUUGCCAAGAAAACGGGGCUCGAAGAUAAUUUGAUUAAGACUUUGUUGCAAAAGUAUGCAUUUUAUAUAUUAAAUGGGCCAUGGGGACGUUUAUGGUGUCGUUUUGGAUAUGAUCCAAGGAUCGAUCCUGAGGCUAGGCAAUAUCAGUCUGUAAUGGUAACUUUUCGACAACACUCCAAAAUUCCAGAGAAGCAGCGUUUGAAAAUCGUUAAUAAAAAUGGUGAGCGGAGUUGUGUUACACAUGUCUCAGUAACAAACAGGCCAUUACUACCUAUAGUCCGGACUCCAUCUAGGCCUCUCUGUGGUGGAUCUGUGGAUUACAUUUAUACGCCUGGUAAAUUAUUUUUCUUUUAA